AUGAGGAGACAAUGUGAUGACGAAAAGCCAUCGCUGGAUAUCUUCCUGAAGACAGUCAUGUCUGAAGCCCUGCAGAGACUGAUCCCAACUGUGAGGAACUGCAGGAAGGCUCGACUUUCUGACUGUGAACUCUCAAAGACUCACUGUGAAACCGUGGCCUCGGCUCUGAAGUCCAACCCCCAUCUGACAGAGCUGGACCUGAGUGAGAACAAGCUGCAGGAUUCAGGAGUGGAGCUGCUGUCUGCUGGACUGGAGAGUCCAAACUGCAGACUGAAGACUCUCAGAUUGAGGUUCUGCUGGUUGACAGACAGCUGCUGUGCUUCUCUGGCCUCGGCUCUGAAGUCCAACCCCCAUCUGACAGAGCUGGACCUGAGUGAGAACCAGCUGCAGGAUUCAGGAGUAGAGCUGCUGUCUGCUGGACUGGAGAGUCCAAACUGCAGCCUGAAGACUCUGAGAUUGAGGAGCUGCUGGUUGACAAAGAGCUGCUGUGCUUCUCUGGCCUCGGCUCUGGAGUCCAACCCCCAUCUGACAGAGCUGGACCUGAGUGAGAACCAGCUGCAGGAUUCAGGAGUGAAGCUGCUGUCUGCUGGACUGGAGAGUCCAAACUGCAGCCUGAAGACUCUCAGAUUGAGGCGCUGCAGGUUGACAGAGAGCAGCUGUGCUUCUCUGGCCUCGGCUCUGAAGUCCAAUCCCCAUCUGACAGAGCUGGACCUGAGUGAGAACCAGCUGCAGGAUUCAGGAGUGGAGCUGCUGUCUGCUGGACUGGAGAGUCCAAACUGCAGCCUGAAG